CAUGAUCGCCGCGGCUUUCCUGGUCCUGCUGAGACCCUACAGCAUCCAAUGUGCCCUCUUCCUCUUGUUGCUUCUGCUGGGCACCAUCGCCACGAUCGUCUUCUUCUGCUGCUGGCACCGCAAGCUCCAGAAAGGAAAGCAUCCUAUGAAAUCUGUCUUUUCGGGUCGUUCAAGGAGCCGAGAUGCUGUUAUGAGAUCUCACCACUUUCGUUCUGAGGGAUUCAGAGCAAGCCCUCGGCACAGCAGAAGGCGAGCUGCAGCCGUUGCAGCUGCCCGUCUGGAAGAAGCCAAGCCUGUGGUGGAAGUUCACCAUCAGAGCGAUAAAGAGAUCUUGGUGAGGAAACGAAGAAUCAAGAAAAGCAGUCGAGUCCAGCCAGAAUUCUAUCAGUCUGUCCAAGGUGCUUCAACCAGAAGGCCUAGUUCCGGGAACGCGUCCUAUUGCUGCUCUGUGUCUUCCUCUGCGGAUUUUUCCGAUGAGGAUGAUUUCAGCCAGAAAUCUGGCUCGGCAUCUCCUGCUCCCGGAGACACAUUACCGUGGAAUUUGCCUAAACAUGAGAGAUCAAAAAGAAAGAUUCACGGGGGCUCGGUGCUGGACCCCGCUGACAGAGCAGUCCUUAGGGUAGCAGAUGAACGGGACAAAGUUCAAAAGAAAACGUUUACGAAAUGGAUAAAUCAGCAUCUCAUGAAGGUUCGAAAGCAUGUGAAUGAUCUCUAUGAAGACUUAAGGGAUGGACACAAUUUGAUCUCCCUUUUAGAGGUUCUUUCGGGAGAUACCCUGCCAAGGGAGCGAGAUUUUUUGAAGACCUUACGAUUGGUGAGUGCCACAGAAGCAUGCGAAUAUGAACAGCAUGAGGAUGUGGAGGAUGAGGAUAAGGGGCCCAGAGAGAAAGGUCGGAUGCGUUUUCACAGACUACAGAACGUGCAGAUCGCACUCGACUAUUUGAAAAGACGCCAGGUGAAAUUAGUCAACAUUAGAAAUGAUGACAUAACAGAUGGAAAUCCCAAGUUGACUUUGGGAUUAAUAUGGACAAUAAUUUUGCACUUUCAGAUAUCUGAUAUCCACAUUACUGGAGAAUCAGAGGAUAUGUCUGCAAAAGAGAGAUUGCUACUGUGGACACAGCAGGCAGUAGACGGUUAUGCUGGAAUACGGUGUGAAAAUUUCACUACCUGCUGGAGAGAUGGAAAACUAUUUAAUGCCAUCAUUCAUAAAUACAGGCCGGACCUGAUCGACAUGAAUACUGUUGCUGUUCAAAGCAACCUUGCAAAUUUAGAGCACGCUUUUUAUGUAGCAGAAAAAAUUGGUGUUAUAAGACUUCUGGAUCCUGAAGAUGUUGAUGUCUCCUCCCCUGAUGAAAAGUCGGUAAUAACUUAUGUGUCAUCUCUCUAUGAUGCGUUUCCCAAAGUCCCUGAAGGUGGUGAAGGCAUUGGUGCGAAUGAUGUUGAAGUCAAAUGGAUUGAAUACCAGAAUAUGGUGAACUACCUCAUCAAGUGGAUUAGACACCAUGUGAUCACAAUGUCUGAGAGAACAUUUCCUAAUAGUCCUGUAGAACUAAAGGCACUUUAUAACCAGUAUUUACAGUUUAAAGAAACAGAAAUUCCACCAAAAGAGACAGAAAAAUCAAAAAUUAAACACCUAUAUAAAUUACUGGAGAUUUGGAUAGAAUUUGGACGCAUCAAGCUCCUUCAAGGUUAUCAUCCAAAUGACAUAGAAAAAGAGUGGGGGAAACUCAUUAUUGCCAUGCUCGAGAGGGAGAAGGCACUUCGUCCGGAAGUGGAAAGGCUGGAAAUGUUGCAGCAGAUUGCCAACCGAAUUCAGAGGGACAGCGUCAUUGGUGAAGACAAACUGAUUCUUGCCCGAAAUGCUCUCCAGUCUGACUCCAGAAGAUUGCAAUCCGGGGUGCAGCUUCAGAAUGAAGCAGAAAUUGCCGGGUAUAUACUUGAAUGUGAGAACCUUUUACGCCAGCAUGUGAUCGAUGUACAGAUUCUUACUGAUGGAAAAUACUACCACGCAGAUCAGUUGGUACAGAGGGUUGCAAAGUUGCGCGAUGAAAUUAUGACCUUACGGAAUGAAUGUUCCUCAGUGUACGGCAAAGGACACAUGCUGACAACAGAACAGAUGAAGCUCAUGAUACCAGGAAUUACUCAGAGUUUAAACUCAGGGUUUGCACAGACCGUAAAGCCCACUCUGAACUCAGGGCUGACCCAGAGUUUAACGUCUUCCCUGACCCCUUCUAGUAUGACAUCAGGCCUGUCAUCAGGUCUGACUUCCCGCCUGACUCCAUCCGUCACUCCAGCUUAUACACCUGGCUUCCCAUCAGGAAUAGUUCCAAAUUUCAGUUCAGGGACAGAGACAAAUUCAUUGCAAACUCUGAAGUUGAUGCAGAUCCAAAAGCCCCUUCUAAAGUCUUCUUUGCUGGGUCAGAAUUUAACAGAAGAAGAAAUCAACAUGAAAUUUGUUCAGGAUCUUUUGAAUUGGGUUGAUGAGAUGCAGGUGCAGCUGGAUAGCACUGAAUGGGAUUUGCCAAGUGUUGAAAGCCAUUUAGAAAAUCAUAAAAAUGUUCACCAGGCUAUUGAAGAAUUUGAAUCUAGCCUUAAAGAAGCAAAAAUCAGUGAGAUCCAAAUGACGGGACCUCUUAAACUAAGUUAUGCAGAAAAGCUGUACCGAUUAGAGAGUCAGUAUGCCAAGCUCUUGAGCACAUCCAGGAAUCAGGAGUGGCACCUCGAUACACUCCAUAAUUUUGUAACUCGUGCAACAAAUGAACUUAUUUGGUUGAAUGAAAAAGAAGAAGAGGAAGUUGCUUAUGACUGGAGUGAAAGAAAUACUAACAUAGCUUGGAAAAAAGAUUAUCAUGCUGAAUUAAUGAGAGAACUAGAUCAAAAGGAAGAAAGUAUUAAAUCCGUUCAGGAGAUAGCAGAGCAGCUACUUCUGGAAAAUCAUCCAGCCCGAUUAACUAUUGAGGCCUACCGAGCGGCCGUGCAGACCCAGUGGAGCUGGAUCCUGCAGCUCUGCCAGUGUGUGGAGCAGCACAUCAAGGAGAACACUGCCUACUUCGAGUUUUUCAAUGAUGCCAAAGAAACUACGGAUUACUUAAGGAAUCUAAAAGAUGCCAUUCAACGGAAAUACAGCUGUGACAGAUCCAGCAGUGUUCACAAGCUGGAGGACCUUGUUCAGGAAUCAAUGGAAGAGAAAGAAGAACUUCUGCAGUAUAAAAGCACAGUGGCAAGCCUGAUGGGGAGAGCAAAAACAAUCACUCAGCUGAAGCCAAGGAAUCCUGACUGUCCACUCAAAACUUCUAUUACAAUCAAAGCUAUCUGUGACUACAGACAAAUUGAGAUAACCAUUUUCAAAGAUGAUGAAUGUGUCUUGGCCAACAACUCUCAUCGUGCUAAAUGGAAGGUCAUCAGUCCUACUGGAAAUGAGGCUAUGGUGCCCUCUGUGUGCUUCACAGUUCCCCCACCCAACAAAGAAGCAGUUGACUUUGCAAACAGAAUUGAGCAACAGUAUCAGAAUGUCCUGACUCUUUGGCAUGAGUCUCACAUAAACAUGAAGAGUGUAGUAUCCUGGCAUUAUCUCAUCAAUGAAAUUGAUAGAAUUCAAGCUAGCAAUGUGGCUUCAAUAAAGACAAUGUUACCUGGUGAACAUCAGCAAGUCCUGAGCAAUCUGCAAUCUCGUUUUGAAGAUUUUCUGGAAGAUAGUCAAGAAUCACAAAUAUUUUCAGGCUCAGAUAUAACACAACUGGAAAAGGAGGUUAAUGUAUGUAAGCAGUAUUACCAAGAACUUCUGAAGUCUGCUGAAAGAGAGGAACAAGAGGAAUCAGUUUAUAAUCUCUACAUUUCUGAGGUUCGAAACAUCAGACUUCAGUUAAAGAACUGUGAAGAUCGGUUGAUUAGACAGAUCAGAAAUCCACUGGAAAGAGAUGAUCUUCAUGAAAGUGUGUUCAGAAUCACAGAGCAGGAGAAACUGAAGAAAGAGCUGGAGCGACUUAAAGAUGAUUUGGGGACAAUCACAAAUAAAUGCGAAGAAUUUUUCAGUCAAGCAGCAACCUCUCCAUCAGUUCCUACCUUACGAUCUGAGCUCAGUGUGGUCAUUCAGAACAUGAACCAAGUCUAUUCUAUGUCUUCCACUUACAUAGAUAAGUUGAAAACUGUUAAUUUAGUUUUAAAAAACACUCAGGCUGCAGAAGCCCUUGUAAAACUCUAUGAAACUAAACUGUGUGAAGAAGAAGCGGUUAUAGCCGACAAGAAUAAUACUGAAAAUCUCAUACGUACUUUAAAGCAAUGGAGAUCGGAAGUAGAUGAGAAGAGAGAGGUAUUCCAUGCAUUAGAGGAUGAGUUGCAGAAAGCUAAAGCCAUCAGUGAUGAAAUGUUUAAAACAUACAAAGAACAGGACCUCGAUUUUGACUGGCACAAAGAAAAAGCAGAUCAAUUAGUAGAAAGGUGGCAAAAUGUUCACGUUCAGAUUGAUAACAGGUUACGGGACUUAGAAGGCAUUGGAAAAUCACUGAAGUACUACAGAGAUACCUAUCACUCUUUGGAUGAUUGGAUCCAGCAAGUUGAAACUACUCAGACAAAGAUUCGGGAGAAUCAGCCUGAAAAUAGUAAAACUCUAGUCACAAAGCUGAAUCAACAGAAGAUGCUGGCAUCUGAAAUAGAAAUGAAACACAGCAAAAUGGCUGAGUGUCAAAAAUAUCUAGAAGAGUACUCAAGGACAGUGAAGGACUAUGAAUUACAAAAGAUGACGUACCGCACCAUGGUAGAUUCACAACAAAAAUCUCCAGUGAAACACCAAAGAAUGCAGAGCUCAGCAGAUCUCAUUAUUCAAGAGUUCUUGGACCUAUGGACCCGGUACACGGCUCUGGUCACCCACAUGAGACAAUAUGUUAAAUUUGUCGGUGAUUCAUUGAAGAGGCUGGAAGAAGAGGAGAAGUCACUGGAAGAAGAAAAGAGAGAACAUGUUGAAAAGGCCAAAGAAUUACAGAAAUGGGUGUCAAAUAUCAGCAAGACAUUGAGAGAUGGAGAGAAGGCUGGAAAACCUUCCCUCUCUAAGCAAAAGAUUUCCAGUGAAGAAAUAUCCACCAAGAAGGAACAGUUAUCUGAAGCACUUCAAACCAUGCGGCUGUUUUUGGCUAAACAUGGAGACAAAAUGACAGAAGAAGAAAGGAAUGAACUGGAAAAACAAGUGAAAACUCUUCAAGAAAGUUAUAAUUUAUUCUUUAGUGAAUCUCUGAAACAACUACAAGAAUCACAAAGCUUAAGAGAUACAAAGGUAGAGGAGAAGCUGGAUAAAGUGAUUGCAGGCACCAUUGAUCAGAAAACUGGAGAAGUCCUUUCAGUCUUUCAGGCAGUUUUAAAAGGCCUUAUUGACUAUGACACAGGAAUCAGGUUGCUUGAGACACAGCUAAUGAUUUCUGGUCUAAUUUCACCAGAAUUAAGAAAAUGCUUUGACCUCAAAGAAGCCAAACACCAUGGCCUUAUUGAUGAGCAAGUUCUGUGCCAACUCGAAGAAUUAAACCAAGCAAAGGAGAUUAUUUCUGCUGUGUCAUCCCCCACCAUUCCAGUGCUAGAUGCUCUGGCUCAAGGCAGGCUAUCAGAACCCAUGGCCAUCCGGGUACUUGAGAUUCUGGUUUCCACGGGCUUUCUAGUUGUGCCAGCCACAGGAGAGCAGCUGACCCUGCAGAAGGCCUUCCAACAGUACUGGCUGUCCUCAGCAUUAUUUUCUAAAGUCCUGGAAAGGCAAAAUAUGUGUAAAGAUCUUAUUGACCCCUGCACCUCUGAGAAGGUGUCUUUAGUAGACAUUCUACAAAGAAGUAUCUUACAGGAGAACACUGGGCUGCGGCUUCUACCUGUGAGACCGCAAGAAGGAGGCAGAAUAACAUUAAAAUGUGGAAGAAAAAUAAGCAUUUUAAGGGCUGCUCAUGAAGGUCUCAUAGACCGUGAAACCAUGUUUAGGUUAUUAGGUGCACAGCUUCUCUCUGGAGGUCUGAUCGCCUGCAACUCUGGUCAGAGAAUGACUGUCGAAGAAGCUGUGGCAGAAGGGGUGAUUGACAGAGACACUGCUCAUAGUAUUCUCAUGUAUCAAGUUCGAACGGGUGGAAUCAUCCACUCCAACCCUGCCAAACGUUUAACUGUAGAUGAAGCAGUCCAGUGUGAUUUAAUAACUUCUAGCAGCGCUCUGCUGGUGCUGGAGGCUCAGCGAGGCUAUGUCGGACUCAUUUGGCCACACUCUGGUGAAAUAUUUCCCACAUCUUUUAUCUUGCAGCAAGGAUUGAUUACAAAUGAAUUGGCCUACAAAAUCCUGAAUGGCAGGCAGAAGAUAGCUGCCCUUUAUAUUCCAGAAACUUCUCAAGUCAUUGAUUUGGAUGUUGCUAAGCAGCUUGGAAUUAUAGAUAACAACACGGCAUCGAUUUUAAAAAGUAUAAUCCUGCCUGAUAAAAUGCCAGAGUUGGAAGAUUUAGAAGCUUGUAAAAAUGCCAGAGGAUGGCUCUUUUUUUGUAAAUUCCAUCCAUUUCCAGUCGAUGAUUACAGGCAAGAAGAGGAUGUUUCUGAUGGAGAAGAGCCAGUGACAACUCCGAGCUCAGAACAAACUAAACUAUUAUUCCUGUCUUAUUUGAUGAUAAAUAGCUAUAUGGAUGCAAACACAGGGCAGAGGCUUUUACUGUAUGAUGGAGACUUGAACGAAGCCGUUGCUGAGCUCCUGGAAGGCUGUAGCACAGGACGUGGUGAGGACUUGCCCGUGAAAGAACGUCUUGAUGUCUUAAGACUCCCUGGUGUAUUUCUGAGCAAUGCUUCAGGUACAGAAAAGGAUGAAAGCACAACUUCACCAAAUAGUUUUGAUAAAUAUCAUUGCAAAGAACCUAAAGAAAUCCCUGAAAAUAGAAACCAUGCCAUAGAUGAAGAGUUAAAUGAAAUGGGAAAUAAUGCCACCAGAAAUGAACUUCAUCCGUCAGAAGACCUGGCGAAUGUAGUGAUAACUGAUAAUAAAGUUAAGAAUUCAUCCAAUGUGUGUGUACCCAAUCCUGUAUCAUAUCUAACAGGGUCUGGACUUGCAGAAGUGAGUAUGCUUAGACAAGACCCUGAACACAUACUUGAAAAGUAUAAAAAUCAGAGCCAGGUUGAAACAAAUGAACAUGCAGAUGGAUGUAGUCAUUCUAAAAACAUUCAAAACUUUGCAAGUGAUUUGAUAAUAAAUCCUAUUGUGAAAUCAAAAACUAGUAGAAUCUGUGAUUUGAAUGAAACAGAGAAGGAAGAUAAUAUGAGCAAGGAUUCAGCUAUCUUUGACUAUUCCCCCAGGCUAAGUGCCUUGUUAAGUCAUGAUAAAUUGAGGAAUGAUCAGGGAAGUGGUAACGAUGUUCACACCACAGAGAACCAUGGAAAUAAAUGUGAAGCCCCUCAUGACCAAACCAUGUUGUUAGGCCAAAGAGUGGGAGAAACAUUUCAAGACCAGUUUCUGGGAAUUGCAGCUAUCAGCAUCAGUUUACAGGGAGAACCCUCUCAACAGAAAUCUGUAAAUAUUGGUACUAGCGCUUGUCAGGUACAGUAUCACAAUGAUAAAUGUAUUUCAGAUACUUAUGGUGAGGAUGAAAAAAUGCAUGCUGUUUCCUCAAAGAAACCUGCAGACGAGCAGAGUGAGUCCAAAGUGGAAGAGUACACCUUUGCUGUGACUUCAAAGGGCCAUAGCGACAAUACAUCUCACGUCUGUGGUGCACCCUUGUGUGAAGAAACCAUCAGCGCUGGUGACUAUGAAACAUCGCUACUGGAUGAUCAGCAGAGGGUCUCAGAAACAGACACCGAGAGUGAUGACGAUUUUUAUGAUACCCCCUUGUUUGAAGAUGAUGACCAUGAUUCUCUGCUCCUGGAAGCUGACGACUGUGACUGUCUGCAGCCUGAGGACUAUGAUACCCUGCAGGAGGAAAAUGAGGGGGUGGCUCCUCCUGGUGAUAUAUGUUAUGAUGCUCCAAAAGAGAAUGAAAACCCGGCAAUGACCCAGGAGGGAUUAGUUGAUCGCUUAAGCAUGAAGAGAGAAGUGCAGUCUGCUCAGGAUUUUUUCUUAGAUUUUGAGAAAGUGGAGUUAGAUCCUGGUGAAAGAAUACGUUUACAUUCAGGUAACUCAUACAAGGUAAAUGGGCAGUUGCUGGAAAGUGGAUCGGAAAGGGAAAGUAUGAAUAACCUUGAAGGGGAUGAGUCUGACUCCUUGACUGAUUAUGGAAUUGUAGGAAGUAAAGAGAGCAUCAGUGCUCCGUUAAAAUUCGAUGACACUGGGUGUUGGAGGGAGAGAAAGGAAGAGUAUGGAACUGGACAAGAAUUUAAAUUUGACACUGGUCAUUUAGACUCUAUGCAAAAUGAAGAACUUUGUGGGGGUUACACAUGUGACAGUAAUGAUCAGGAUGAUGACCACAAUUUUGACAACGAUGGCAGUGAUGAAGGAAUAGAAGGUGAGAAUGAAAAGCCCACAUGCCAAGAUGAGGCUGAAGACACAGAUAACCCAUCGUGUGCCACCACUGUAAAGGAAAACAGAAGCAGUCAUGAAAAUCAAAGUAUUAAUAAAAUGUUUCUCCUGGAUAAAAUGCAUAAUUAUAAUUCCUUAGAGAACCAGCAAGGUGUGAAUGUUUUACAGCUAGAAUCAACUAGUAAAAGUAGCUUAGUUCCCGAAAGAAGCAGCCUUCCAGAAUAUACAGUGGAGGUUGUUAGGAAAAGCAAAGAUCUGUCGAGUUGUGAGAUGCUCUUUAAGAAUAUAUUGCUGCCUGUCAUUAAAGACACUGAAUCAGAAAACAUCUUUGGCCCUGUAAAUAUUUUACAUAAUACUAAUGUCUGUUCAACUUCUGAGUUAGAUAAUGAUCUAAUGAACGUGAAGUUUAAAUUGAUUGAAGGGCUGGAAUCUACUGACUCUGUGAAAGAUGGAGGUCAAUAUUUUGAGAAUGUAAUGUUUCGGGUUGACUCAUCCUUUGAUGAAACCAUUUGUCCUGAGCCCGACUUAGAAGGAAAACCUUCUGAGGAAAGCCAUUUGUCACCCACAGCCGUUGUAACCAACAAAGGUCAUCAAGGACAUGGAAGAGAUGUAAUUAACAAGAAAGAUGACAAUAAUGUGUUAAUAGAAGAUGAAACAUCAAUUCAUGAAACGUGCUCUAAUGAAAAAGUGCUUAUGGAAGGUCUUGUAGAUGAUAAAUAUUUGAAACUUUUGCCUUGUAAAAGUAAAAGGGAGAGUCUUGAUUCAGCUAAUAGUCAGUUUCCAUAUCUACCCAUUACAAACAAGGAAGAACAGAAUCAGAAAGGAAACCUUAAAAAAGCAACCAUGACUCUUAAAGAUGAACAGAAGAAUCUACAAACAAUGGUUAAUGAAAGUCCUGUUCAGUUUGAGAAUCUUGAAGAAAUAUUUGACGCAUCAAUUUCCAAAGUGAUCAGUGACGACAUGAGCUCAGACGUUAUGUUGUCUGAAGGGACUCAAACUGUUGAGAAAGAUUCACUCACUGACAGGCCUGAGAAAGAGCUUGAUCUGUUUACUUAUUUGAAGCAUUGUGCUAAAAGUGUAAAAGCAAAAGAUGUUCUGAAACCAAAGGAAGAUAGCCCAAGCUGUAUUCUAGCAGCUUCCCCUCCCAUGGGAGCGCACUUACAGUUCGAAGUCAGUGAUACAAUAGAGAAGACAGCACUUACCCACAAAGUCUCAUCUCUACAUGAGACGGUGCAGUGGAAUGAUCUUUGUACAAAAGAAAGUAUCUCAGAAGAAGAAACAGAAGUUCCUGAGCUCACACCAGAAAGAGAUGAAAGCCCUCUAUUAGUCUUACCUCUCAGUAAUGUGGAAGGUCUUGGGAAAAAUAAUGAUUUUGUUCAGUCAGACAUCUCUACAAAUGGAAAAAGAAAUGGUAACUCCUGUAUCAAUAAGAAAGGAAGAAUGGAGCAAGCGCCACUCAAAGAAGAAGCCUUGUCUCCAGGACUCCAAGAAAAGGAGGUUCGGGUUCCUGAAUUACCUCAGGUAUUCAUUGAGGAUGUAAAGGAUAUUUUUAGAAGUAGAUUGAAAGAUGGCCAUGUGAAUCCUCAAGAGGCUGGAGAAACUUCAACCUGUGCAGACAUUAAAAUUUUAAUUCAAAACUUAGUGAAAAGAGUUAGCACAUCACAGACAAUAAAUGAAGCAUCUAAAGUACCUAGUGACUCUAAGAUUGGUGACUGUUCUGAAAUUUCCCCCAUGAAUAACUCACCAGACCUUAAAGAAAAGUAUAGAGAUGAUGCAUUCUGUAUUUCAAGUCUAAAGUCUGAGCUUCUCCUUGAUAUACUUAAGCAAAAUCAGGAUAGCCAAAAAAUUAUGGGAGCCUUUGAACUGAUAAGAGAAGUAACUCAGAUAGGGUGUAACUUAGAGAAAAGAGCUAUCCCAUCUAAAGUUCUUUCACUGCAACUUGAACAUAUUUUCUACAAGCUGCUAGCUGAUGCGUAUUCAGAGCAAGUACAACAGGUUGGAGACCUGAAUCAAAAAUCAUCUGCUGCUUCUGAUACGGUGGGUGAAAAGCCACACAUUCUUGAUGAUCUUAAAAGCAAAGAAGGAAACCAUUGUUCCUCUAAUUUACAAAAUGUAAAAGAAAUUGGACAAGAAAAUUCCACUGUGUGUGCAUCAGCCUUGCCAAGAGAUGAGAAGCCAGAGGCAUUGCACAAUUAUUUCCCAAACCAUCUGGAAUGUUUUUCAGGGUCAAAAGGAAUGACUUCUGGAAGUAGCUCAAUGGAACAAGUCAUGGCAGAGCGUCAGCAGGAGUACAGAGAGAGGCUCCAGGGGAUAUGUGAUCUCCUCACCCAGACUGAAAACCACCUGAUUGGUCACCGAGAAGCCUUCGUGAUUGGAGAUGGCACAGUUGAGUUAAAGAAGUACCAGUCCAAGCAAGAGGAAUUACAGAAAGAUAUCCAGGGCAGUGCACUGGCGCUGGCAGAAGUAGUGAAGAACACGGAGAACUUCUUAAAAGAGAAUGGUGAAAAGCUGUCACGAGAAGAGAAAGCUUUGAUUGAGCAGAAACUCAGUGAAGCCAAGAUGAAGUGUGAACAGCUUAAUUUAAAGGCAGAACAGUCGAAAAAGGAACUGGAUAAAGUUGUGACAACAGCAAUUAAAGAAGAAACUGAAAAGGUUGCGGCUGUGAAGCAGCUGGAAGAGAGUAAAACCAAGAUAGAAGACCUUCUGGACUGGCUGUCAAAUGUUGACAGAGACUCAGAAAGGGCCGGGAUGGAGCAGAAACAGGUCAUCGAGCAGAACGGGACUCAUUUUCAAGAAGGUGACAGCAAGUUGGUGAUUGGAGAAGAGGGUGAAGUUAACGGUAACCUGUUGGAAACUGAUGUUGACGUGCCAGUUGGAACCACUGAGGAUAAUCUGAACCAGCAAUACCAGAAAGUGAAGGCCCGACAUGAGAAGAUCAUCUCUCAGCAUCAAGCCGUCCUCAUGGCCGCCCAGUCUGCGCAAGCCUUGCUUGAGAAACAGGGCCACUGUCUCUCUCCGGAGGAGAAAGAGAAACUACAGAAGAACAUGCACGAGCUGAAAGUGCAGUAUGAAACCGCCCUGGCCAAGUCGGAGAAGAAGAUGAAGUUAACGCAUUCUCUGCAGGAGGAGUUAGAAAAUUUCGAUGCUGAUUACAGUGAAUUUGAGCACUGGCUGCAACAGGCAGAACAAGAACUUGAAAAUCUGCAAGCAGGUGCAGACGACUUCAGCGGCUUACUGACCAAAUUGAAGAGGCAGAAGAGCUUCUCCGAAGACGUGAUUUCCCACAAAGGCGACUUGCGGUACAUCACCAUUUCUGGAAACAGAGUGUUAGAAGCAGCCAAAUCGUGCAGCAAGACAGAUGGCAGUGGCGUGGCCGACCAGGAGGGCAUCAACACCUCUGCAGCCCACAGAGAGGUCCAGAACAAACUGGAUCAUGCUACCGAUCGGUUCAAGUCUCUCUACUCUAAGUGCAAUAUUCUUGGGAAUAAUCUGAAAGACCUGGUGGAUAAAUAUCAACACUACAAAGAUGCUUUGUGUGGCCUUCUUUCUGGGCUCGAGGCCUGUGAAGUCACAGCAAACAAACACUUGUCCGAGCCCAUUGCUGUGGACCCUAAAAAUCUGCAGAGGCAGCUAGAAGAGGCCAAGGCUCUGCAAGGACAGAUUUCAAGUCAGCAGGUUGCUGUAGAAAAACUGAAAAAAACGGCCGAAGUGCUUUUAGAUGCCAAGGGAUCUUUACUUCCAGCCAAGAAUGAUAUCCAGAAAACACUGGAUGACAUUGUUGGGAGAUAUGACGAAGUGUCCAGGUCUGUCAUUGACCGAAAUGAGAAACUCCAGAUAACCCUGACCCGCUCACUGAGUGUGCAGGAUGGCCUGGACGAAAUGCUGGACUGGAUGGGAAGCGUGGAGAGCUCUAUGAGAGAAACAGGUCAAGUGCCCUUAAGUUCUGCUGCUCUUCAGGAUGUGAUCAGUAAACACAUUAUGCUGGAACAGGAUAUUGCAGGGCAUCAGAGCAGUAUAAAUGCUAUGAACGAGAAAGUGAAGAAAUUUAUGGAAACGACAGAUCCGUCCACGGCAUCUUCAUUGCAGGCCAGAAUGAAGGACUUGUCUGUUCGUUUUUCAGAAGCAAGUCAUAAACACAAAGAAAAACUCGCCAAAAUGGAGGACCUAAAAACUAAAGUUGAACUCUUUGAGAACCUCUCAGAAAAGCUCCAAACAUUUUUAGAAACAAAAACUCAGGCUCUUACUGAGGCAGAUGUGCCAGGAAAAGAUGUUACUGAAUUGUCUCAGUAUAUGCAGGAAUCAGCCUUUGAACUCUCAGAACACAAAAAAGAUCUUGAAGUUUUGCAUAGUCUCUUGAAGGAGAUUUCCAACCAUGGCUUGCCAGGUGAUAAGGCUCUCGUUUUUGAAAAAACAAAUAAUUUGUCGAAGAAAUUCAAGGAAAUGGAGGAUACUAUCAAAGAAAAAAAAGAAGCUGUGUCUUCUUGUCAAAAACAGAUGGAUGCUUUCCAAGUGCUUGUUAAGUCAUUCAAGUCAUGGAUAAAAGAAACCACAGAACGAGUUCCCAUUGUUCAGCCUUCCUUUGGUGCAGAGGACUUAGGAAAAUCUUUGGGAGAAGCUAAGAAAUUACAAGAAGAGUGGAGUUUAAAAACGCCAGAGAUUCAGAAAGUAAACAACAGUGGGAUCUCACUAUGUAACCUAAUAAGUGCGGUGACUACCCCUUCAAAGGCCAUAGCAGCAGUUAAAUCAGGUGGAGUAAUAUUAAAUGGUGAAGGAACAGCCACAGACUCUCAGGAUAUUUUGGCAAAUAAAGGAUUAACAUCCAUUAAAAAAGAUAUGACUGACAUAAGCCACGGUUAUGAAGAUCUUGGUCUCUUACUUAAGGACAAAAUAGCUGAAUUGAAUGCUAAGCUCUCCAAACUGCAGACGGCUCAGGAAGAAUCGAGUACAAUGAUGCAGUGGUUACAGAAGAUGAACAAAACUGCAGCCCAGCUGGAUCAGGCACCUGCACCUACAGACGCUCAAGCAGUGAGGACUCAAGUUGAGCAGAAUAAGUCAUUUGAGGCAGAACUGAAGCAAAAUGUAAACAAAGUACAGGAGUUGAAAGACAAGUUGACAGAACUGCUGGAGGAGAACCCACAUACUCCUGAAGUCCCCAAGUGGAAACAGAUGCUGACAGAAAUAGAUUCUAAGUGGCAAGAACUCAAUCAAUUGACAGCUGACAGACAGCAAAAACUGGAAGAAUCCUCUAAUAAUCUAACCCAAUUCCAAACUGUAGAAGCUCAGUUAAAACAAUGGCUUGUAGAGAAAGAACUGAUGGUCAGUGUUCUUGGGCCCUUGUCAAUUGACCCAAAUAUGCUAAACACACAAAGGCAGCAGGUGCAGAUUCUGCUGCAAGAAUUUGAUACCCGGAAACCUCAAUAUGAGCAGCUUACAGCAGCCGGUCAAGGCCUUCUGAGCAGACCUGGUGAACACCCUUCUUUCCAUGGGAUUGUGAAAGAGCAACUGGCAGCUGUGACCCAAAAAUGGGAUAGCCUAACAGGACAAUUGAGUGACAGAUGUGCCUGGAUUGACAAAGCCCUUGUUAAAAGCACCCAGUAUCAGAGUCUGCUGAGAAGCCUUUCUGGUAACCUGAGUGACCUGGAUCAUGAACUCAGCAGCAGUGUGGCUGUGAGCACACACCCUGAUGCUAUGAACCAGCAGCUGGAAACCGCCCAGAAAAUGAAGCAGGAAAUAGAGCAGGAAAUGAAGCAGAUAAAAGUGGCCCAGACCCUCUGUGAGGAUUUGUCAGCACUGGUUAAAGAAGAGUACUUGAAGGCAGAGCUUAGUAGGCAACUAGAAGGCAUCUUAAAAUCAUUUAAGGAUAUUGAAUGCAAAGCAGAGAGUCAUAUUCAGCACCUUCAGUCAGCCUGUGCGAGCUCUCAUCAAUUUCAGCGAAUGUCUCAAGAUUUUCAGGCUUGGUUGGAUACAAAGAAAGAAGAGCAAAGCAAGUCUCGCCCAAUAUCCGCCAGACUUGAUGUCUUGGAGUCGUUAAUUAAAGAUCAGAAAGACUUUAAUAAAACUUUGACCGCUCAGUCUAUUAUUUAUGAAAAAACCAUCACAGAAGGUGAAAAUCUGUUAUUAAAAACACAAGGGUCUGAGAAGGCAGCCUUACAGUUACAAAUAAACACAAUUAAGACCAACUGGGACAGGUUUAAUAACCAGGUGAAGGAAAGAGAAGAAAAGGUAAAAGAUUCAUUGGAAAAAGCUCUCAAGUAUAAAGAGCAUGUAGAGACUCUCCAGCCAUGGAUAGACAGGUGUCAGAACGACCUGCAGGAAAUACAGUUUUCCUUGGAUCCUGCUGAAACAGAGGAUUCUGUUGGCAAGUUAAAGUCUCUGCAGAAGGAAGUGAACCAACACUUGGGGAUGGUAGAAGUGCUGAACAGCGCCGCCAAUAGCUUGCUCAGUGUCUGUGAGAUCGACAAAGAGGUUGUCACGGAUGAGAAUCAGUCACUGAUCCAGAAGGUAGACAUGGUCACUGAACAACUUCACAGUAAGAAACUCUCUCUCGAGAACAUGGCCCAGAAGUUUAAAGAAUUUCAAGAAGUUUCCAGAGAAGCUCAAAGGCAGCUUCAGUGUGCAAAGGAACAGCUGGAGGCCGAUAAUUCCCUGGGACCCCAGGCCUGCAGUAAUAAAUACCUGACCACACUGCAGACCCAGCAGAAGUCACUUCAGACCUUGAAGCAUCAGGUCGAUUUGGCCAAAGGACUUGCCCAGGACCUCGUGGUGGAAGCCUCAGACUCAAAGGGAACCUCUGAUGUUCUGUUGCAAGUGGAAACCUUAGCUCAAGAGCAGAGUGCCCUAAGCCGGCAGGUUGCCGACAAGUGUUCCUUUUUAGAAACCAAGCUUCAGGGCAUCGGGCAUUUCCAGAAUACCAUACGAGAAAUGUUUUCUCAGUUUGCAGAGUUUGAUGAUGAACUGGACGGCAUGGCCCCAGUGGGGAGAGAUGUAGAAACUCUGCAGAAGCAAAGGGAGGCUAUUAAAGCCUUUCUGAAGAAACUGGAAGCUCUCAUAGAGAACAAUGGCAAUGCCAAUAAAACCUGCAAGAUGAUGCUGGCCAUGGAAGAAGCCUUGCCUGACUUUGUUGGAAUCAAAAGGGACUUGGAGGCUUUAAGCAAACAAUGCAACAAGUUGCUGGACCGAGCCCAAGCCCGAGAAGAGCAUGUUGAAGGGACAAUUGAGCGUCUGGAAGAAUUCUACAGCAAAUUGAAGGAAUUUUCUGCUCUGCUUAAGAAGGCUGAAGAACAUGAAGAGUCUCAAGGCCCUGUUAGUAUGGAAACAGAGACAAUUAACCAGCAGCUUAACGUGUUCAAGGUAUUCCAAAAAGAAGAGAUUGAGCCCUUGCAGGUUAAACAGCAAGAUGUCAACUGGUUAGGUCAAGGCCUUAUUCAGAGUGCUGCUAAAAACACCAGCACGCAGGCUUUGGAGCAUGACCUGGACGAAGUCAAUGCAUUGUGGAAGACUCUCAGUAAGAAGGUGGCUCAGCGAGCAGCGCAGCUGCAGGAGGCCUUGCUGCACUGCGGAAGGUUCCAGGAUUCCCUGGAGUCCCUGCUCAGCUGGCUGGUGGACACCGAGGAGCUCGUGGCCAAUCAGAAGCCCCCAUCAGCCGAGCUCAAAGUGGUGAAGGCUCAGAUACAGGAGCAAAAGCUUCUCCAAAGAUUGUUGGAUGAUGGCAAAUCUACUGUGGAGGUAAUCAAACAAAAAGGAGAAAAAAUUGCUGCAACAGCAGAACCUGCAGAUAAAGUGAAGAUUUUGAAACAGCUGAGUCUCUUGGAUAGCAGAUGGCAGGCACUGCUUAGUAAAGCCGAGACACGGAAUCGUCAGUUGGAAGGUAUCUCCGUGGUAGCCCAGCAAUUUCAUGAAACCUUAGAACCACUGAAUGAGUGGCUUACAACCGUAGAAAAGAGGCUGGCAAAUUCUGAGCCCAUCGGAACCCAAGCAUCUAAACUUGAGGAACAGAUUGCCCAGCACAAAGCUUUAGAAGAUGAUAUCACCCAUCACAAUAAACAUUUACAUCAGGCUGUUAGCAUUGGCCAGUCCUUAAAGAUUUUGAGCUCCAGGGAGGAUAAAGAUAUGGUGCAGAAUAAAUUAGCCUCCUCUCAAAUGUGGUAUACUGAGAUUCAAGAGAAAAGUCACAGCAGGUCUGAGCUUCUCCAGCAGGCCUUAUGUAAUGCUAAGAUUUUUGGGGAAGGUGAAGUUGAACUGAUGAACUGGCUGAACGAAGUGCAUGACAAAAUGAGCAAACUCUCAGUCCAGGAUUACAGCACUGAGGGACUGUGGAAGCAGCAGGCUGAACUUCGGGUUCUACAAGAGGACAUCCUACUCAGGAAACAAAAUGUAGAUCGGGCCUUACUGAAUGGGUUAGAACUACUUAAACAAACAACAGGUGAUGAAGUUUUAAUCAUUCAAGAUAAAUUGGAAACCAUUAAAGCAAGGUAUAAAGACAUUACUAAGCUGAGCACGGAUGUCGCCAAGACCCUGGACCAUGCGCUGCAGCUGGCACAGCGGCUGCAUGCUACACGUGAGGAGCUCUGUACCUGGCUGGACAAAGUGCAGGUGGAACUGCUUUCAUAUGAAACUCAGGUCCUGCAGGGAGAAGCGGCAAGCCAAGCCCAAGCGAGACAACAAGAGCUGAAGAAGGAAGCCCAGAGCAACAAAGCCUUACUGGACGCCCUUAAUGAAGUGACCAGUGCUUUACUGGAACUGGUGCCCUGGAGGGCCAGGGAAGGGCUUGAGAAAAUAGUGGCUGAGGACAAUGACCGCUACCGCCUGGUGAGAGACACCAUCACUCAGAAGGUGGAGGAGAUCGACGCUGCCCUUCUGAGGUCACAGCAGUUUGACCAAGCAGCUGAUGCUGAGUUAUCCUGGAUUACAGAAACAGAGAAGAAAUUGAUGUCUUUGGGUGACAUCCGGCUUGAGCAAGACCAGACCUCUGCUCAGCUGCAGGUUCAAAAGACAUUCACCAUGGAGAUUUUGAGGCACAAAGAUAUUAUUGAUGAACUUGUUAAAUCUGGACAUAAAAUCAUGACCACAUGCAGGGAAGAGGAAAAGCAAUCAAUGAAGAAAAAACUGGACAAGAUACUGAAGAAUUAUGAUACCAUCUGCCAAAUGAACUCAGAGAGAUACCUACAGCUAGAAAGGGCACAGUCCCUGGUUAACCAGUUCUGGGAAACAUAUGAAGAACUUUGGCCAUGGCUGACAGAAACAGAAAGAAUCAUCUCUCAGCUUCCUGCCCCAGCUCUUGAAUAUGAAACUCUAAGACAGCAGCAGGAAGAACAUAGGCAACUGCGAGAGCUGAUAGCCGAACACAAACCUCAUAUAGAUAAGAUGAACAAAACUGGGCCACAGUUGCUGGAAUUGAGCCCAGGGGAAGGCUUUUCCAUCCAAGAGAAGUAUGUGGCAGCCGACACCCUUUACAGUCAAAUUAAAGAAGAUGUCAAAAAGCGAGCUGUGGCCCUGGAUGAAGCCAUUUCUCAAUCUACUCAGUUCCACGACAAGAUCGACCAGGUCCUGGAGAGCCUCGAACGCAUCGUGGAGCUUUUGAGGCAGCCACCUUCUAUCUCUGCUGAGGUGGAGAAGAUUAAGGAGCAGAUCCGUGAAAAUAAGAACAUGUCAGUAGACAUGGAAAACCUACAACCAUUGUAUGAAACUCUUAAACAGAGGGGAGAGGAAAUGAUUGCUCGCUCCGGGGGCACUGACAAAGACGUAUCUGCCAAAGCUGUUAAGGAUAAGCUUGACAAAAUGGUUUUCUUUUGGGAGAACAUACACACGCUGGUGGAAGUAAGGGAAGCCAAACUACUGGAUGUCAUGGAAUUAGCAGAGAAGUUCUGGUGUGAUCACAUGUCGCUGGUGGUUACCACUAAAGAUGCACAAGAUUUCAUCCGGGAUCUGAAGGAUCCUGGCAUUGAUCCCUCAGUGGUAAAACAACAGCAAGAAGCAGCAGAGUCCAUAAGGGAAGAAAUAGAUGGGCUGCAGGAAGAGCUGGAUACAGUUAUCAACCUGGGUUCUGAACUCAUCGCUGCAUGUGGGGAACCAGAUAAACCCAUUGUCAAGAAGAGUAUAGAUGAGUUACAUUCAGCGUGGGAUUCUCUCAAUAAAGCUUGGAAAGACCGGGUGGACAAACUGGAGGAGGCGAUGCAGGCCGCUGUUCAGUACCAGGACGGCCUGCAGGCAAUAUUCGACUGGCUGGAUAUUGCAGGUGGUAAAUUAGCUUCAAUGUCUCCAAUUGGAACAGAUCUUGACUUCGUUGUCAAGCAGCAGAUUGAAGAGCUAAAGCAAUUUAAGUCAGAGGCCUACCAACAACAGAUAGAAAUGGAAAGACUGAAACACCAAGCAGAGCUUCUGCUGAAGAAAGUAACAGAAGAGAGCGACAAACGCACUGUUCAAGACCCAUUAAUGGAACUGAAAUCGAUAUGGAAUAGUCUGGAGGAGAGAAUUAUCAAUCGACAGCAUAAGCUGGAGGGUGCUCUGUUAGCACUGGGGCAGUUCCAGCACGCUCUCGACGAACUCUUGGCCUGGCUGACUCACACCGAGGGCUUGCUAAGUGAACAGAAACCUGUUGAAGGAGACCCUAAAGCCAUCGAAAUUGAACUUGCCAAGCACCACGUGCUUCAAAAUGAUGUAUUAGCCCAUCAGUCCACUGUGGAAGCCGUUAACAAAGCAGGAAAUGAUCUAAUUGAAUCAAGUGCAGGUGAAAAAGCAAACAACCUUCAGAACAAGCUGGAGGUUUUGAAUCAACGCUGGCAAAAUGUUUUGGAAAAAACAGAGCAAAGGAAGCAGCAGCUGGAUGGUGCCUUGCGCCAGGCCAAAAGCUUCCAUGGUGAAAUUGAGGGUUUGCAACAGUGGCUGACUGACACAGAGCGUCAUCUGUUAGCAUCCAAGCCUCCGGGAGGUUUGCCAGAAACAGCCAAGGAGCAGCUUGACGCCCACAUGGAAAUCUGUGCUGCCUUUGAUGUUAAAGAAGAAACAUAUAGAAGCCUGAUGCAGAAAGGCCAGCAGACGCUUGCAAGGUGCCCCAAAUCUGCAGAGACAAAUAUUGACCAAGACAUAAAUAACUUGAAAGAAAAAUGGGAAUCUGUGGAAACCAAACUCAAUGAAAGAAAAACUAAACUGGAAGAGGCCCUCAACUUGGCAUUGGAGUUCCACAGUUCUCUCCAAAACUUUAUCAAGUGGCUUACCCAGGCUGAACAGACCCUAAAUGUAGCUUCUCGGCCAAGUCUUAUCUUGGACACAGUCUUAUUUCAAAUGGACGAACACAAGGUCUUUGCCAAUGAAGUAAAUUCUCACCGUGAUCAGAUAAUAGAGCUGGACAAAACUGGAACCCACCUGAAGUAUUUCAGUCAGAAACAAGAUGUUGUCCUAAUUAAAAAUCUACUGAUCAGUGUACAAAGUCGAUGGGAAAAAGUGGUUCAACGGUUGGUAGAAAGAGGAAGAUCCUUGGAUGAUGCAAGGAAGAGGGCCAAGCAGUUCCACGAAGCUUGGAGUAAACUUAUGGAGUGGCUGGAAGAGUCAGAAAACUCUUUGGAUUCUGAACUGGAAAUUGCCAAUGAUCCAGACAAAAUUAAAACACAACUUGCACAGCACAAGGAGUUUCAAAAAUCACUGGGAGCCAAGCAUUCUGUCUAUGACACCACCACCAGAACUGGGCGUUCUCUGAAGGAGAAAACCUCCCUGGCUGAUGACAACCAGAAACUGGAUGACAUGCUGAGUGAACUCAGAGAAAAAUGGAAUAUCGUCUGUGGAAAAUCUGUGGAAAGACAAAACAAGUUGGAAGAAGCCCUGCUAUUCUCUGGACAAUUCACAGAUGCCCUUCAGGCCCUCAAUGACUGGUUGUAUAGAGUUGAACCCCAACUGGCAGAAGACCAGCCUGUCUAUGGAGACGUUAAUUUAUUGGUUAUUAUGAUCGAGAAUCACAAGGUCUUCCAAAAAGAGCUGGAGAAGAGGGCCAGAAGCGUGCAGGCCCUGGAGCGCUCGGCCCGAGAGCUCACUGAAGGCAGCCGAGACGACUCCUCCUGGGUCAAGGUCCAGAUGCAGGAGUUAAGCACACGCUGGGACACCGUGUGCGCGCUUUCUGUAUCAAAGCAAACACGGCUGGAGGCGGCUCUGCGUCAGGCGGAGGAGUUUCACCACAUGGUGCACCCCCUGCUGGAGUGGCUGGCAGACGCAGAGGAGACCCUCCUUUUCCAUGACGUUCUCCCAGAGGAUGAGGAUGGUCUUCGGACUCUCAUUGAUCAGCAUAAAGAAUUCAUGAAGAAACUGGAAGAAAAACAAGCAGAACUAAAUAAAGCUACCAGCAUGGGAAACGCUCUGCUGGCCCUCUGCCCCCCUGACUGCAGCACCUCCUUUAAGCACUGGAUAACGCUCAUCUGGGCCAGGUUUGAGGAGGUGCUGGCGUGCGCCCAGCAGUAUCAGCAGAGGUUAGCCGGCACCCUGGCCGGGCUCCUCGCUACACAGGAACUGUUGGAAGCUCUGCUGGCAUGGCUGCAAUGGGCCGAAACCACACUGAGUGAUAAGGAUAAGGAAGUCAUCCCCCAGGACACUGAAGAGGUGAAAGCCCUCAUUGCGGAGCACCAGACCUUCAUGGAGGAAAUGACCAGAAAACAACCCGAUGUGGAUAAAGUUACCAAGACCUAUAAGAGGAGAGCAGCUGAUCCCUCUUCAUUGCAGUCCUAUAUCCCGGUCUUGGAUAAGGGACAAGCAGGAAGAAAAUGCUUCCCAGCCUCAAGCUUAUAUCCCUCUGGAUCACAGACACAAAUCGAAACCAAGAAUCCCAGGGUCAACUUACUGGUGAGCAAAUGGCAGCAGGUGUGGCUCCUCGCACUGGAAAGGAGGAGAAAGCUCAACGACGCCUUGAACAGGCUGGACGAGCUGAGGGAAUUUGCUCAUUUUGAUUUUGAUACCUGGCGCAAAAAGUACAUGAGAUGGAUGAAUCACAAGAAGUCUCGAGUGAUGGAUUUCUUCAGGAGGAUCGAUAAAGAUCAGGAUGGGAAAAUAACCCGGCAAGAAUUUAUUGAUGGAAUUCUUUCCUCAAAGUUUCCAACCAGUCACCUGGAGAUGAGCGCUGUUGCCGAUAUCUUUGACAGAGACGGGGAUGGAUACAUUGACUACUAUGAAUUCAUAGCAGCCCUUCAUCCAAAUAGAGAUGCAUAUAAACCUGUCACCGAUGCCGACAAAAUCGAAGACGAGGUGACAAGGCAGGUAGCUAAGUGUAAAUGUGCAAAACGAUUUCAAGUUGAACAGAUUGGUGAUAACAAAUACAGGUUCUUCCUGGGAAAUCAGUUUGGAGACUCCCAACAACUGCGACUUGUUCGAAUCUUACGAAGCACUGUGAUGGUUCGUGUUGGAGGUGGAUGGAUGGCACUUGAUGAGUUCUUGGUGAAAAAUGAUCCUUGCAGGGUUCAUCAUCAUGGGAGUAAAAUGUUACGUUCGGAAUCAAACUCUUCAAUUACUACUACUCAGCCUACUAUAGCUAAAGGAAGGACGAACAUGGAACUUCGGGAGAAGUUCAUAUUAGCGGACGGUGCCAACCAGGGGAUGGUUGCUUUCCGACCCUGGGGCCGGAGAUCGCGGCCGUCCUCGCGAGGAGCUUCACCCAAUCGAUCAACAUCUGUGUCCAGUCCUGCUGGCCAGGCGGCCUGCGCCCAGGUCCCCGCCGCCAGCACACCCAAGAUUCUCCAUCCUUUAACACGCAAUUACAGUAAACCCUGGUUGACAAACAGCAAAGUGUCAACUCCUGGUAAAGCAGCAGAGUGCUCAGACCUUUCCGUGCCAUCUGCAGAGGGAACACCGAUACAAGGGAGCAAGCUUCGACUCCCAGGGUAUUUAUCAGGGAAAGGCUUCCACUCUGGAGAGGACAGUGGCUUGAUAACAACCGCAGCCGCCAGAAUCCGAACACAGUUUGCUGAUCCCAAGAAGACUCCCAGCCGAGCGGGCAGCAGAGCGGGCAGCAGAGCGGGCAGCAGAGCCAGCAGCCGUCGGGGCAGUGACGCGUCAGACUUUGACAUUUCAGAAAUCCAGUCCGUGUGCUCAGACGUGGAGACCGUCCCCCCGACGCGCAGGCCUGCCCCCCGAGCGGGUUCUCGGCCGUCCAAAGCCAAGCCUUCCAAGAUCCCCACGCCCCAGAGGAAGUUACCUGCCAGCAAAUUGGGCAAGUCCUCAAAGAGAUAGUGCGACUGGUUCCACCAACGCCCUUCCUUGAGCAUUUCUUAUUUAAGUUUGAAAGAUGUAAAAUGUGAUGUAGAAAUUAUUGUGAAAUCUUGCAAGAGGUGAAUUUAAAAAUCUGCAGAUGGCCUUAUUUGUGUAUUUGUCUUUUUACUUUAUCUGUAUAAUUUUUUGUCAGAUAUUCUGGGGUAAAAGUCACAUCACAGGUGAGGGGGGAGAAAGCGCUUAACAGGCACUAAUGUUUCUGCACCGUGAUGUGUAGAGCGCACACUAAAAUCAGUUCCUCUGCCUACAGGUAAGCCCGCCUCUUCUGCCAGCCACAGCCCUACGUCAGUAGCUAACACUGAGGAUACCUCAUGACUUCUCUUGCUUUUGUGGAAAUUUGGAAAAGCCAAAAGACACACACAGGGGAUCUAUUUUCGAGAUGCUUUAAGUGCAAACUGAAAGAUGGAGGGCAGGCACACACAAACCACACGCAGCUCUUUCCGCAGUAUCUGACAGAACUCACAGGAAGUUACUUUAAGCACUUACCAGUGCUGUGUGACGUUUCAAGAACCUUGCAGCAUUUCUGUGCCAUUGCUUCACGUGAGGCCAGAGGUGUCCUGGAUACUAGACCUAUUAUACUGUAAGACAAUAAUUAUAAAGUGCAUUCAUAUAAAUGUGCGGUUUUCUUUUGCUUGAGUGGACAGUAGCAACUGUAUCAUUGAACUCAUUUUGUAUCAAAGCAAUUUUGCUUGCAGAAAGCUAUGAAAUAAAACAUGUCCCUUAA